GUGGAGGUAGAAGGAGUCGAAUCUCCCCAGUCACCCGCCGGCGCCUCCUCCACGGCCGAGGAAAAGACUUCAGCGCGGACUCCAGUUCUGGAACUGGGUAGGCUGAUCCAAACCACGACUGCUGAGCCCCUUGACAUAUCCUCGCAGCGAUAUUCUUUGUGUAUGAGGACUUCUACAGGAUUCUUGACCACUUGACGUCGGAGACACACUGGAGGCUGUGAUGUCGUUCUGAAACUUUCGGAAGCUCUAAAACCAUGGCCGUCCGAAGAGCAAAGCUGUCGCACUCCUAGGCGAGGGGGAUCCUAGAGGGCAGGAGACAUGUUGGGACAGACGCCUUGGGACCACUGCACUGAAUUCUUUUACUAUAGCUGCUACUGUAGUAACCAUGGAAACAUUUUGGAGGACCAGUUUGGUUUGCACAGUCACUGUUCUCAUGGUUGUCACAGUGAUCGCAGGAGGUCACAGGGAUGAGCAUGCUCAGUCACAAGCUGCCUUCUUAUCCAGUCUGGCCCACUAUGAGAUUGCCAUUCCAGUGCGCAUUGGACCUGAUGGUGAAAAGGUAGAGGCAGAAACACCACAACGCCAUAGAAGACGAAGAAGAAGCACCGAAGAAAAGCAUCCAGAUCCUGUCUUUUACCAGCUCUCUACACCUGCUAACAACUUUCUACUGAACCUGACACUGCAAGGAAGCUUGUUGUCUCGCCAGUUCCGGGUGGAGUACUGGAAAAAGGGCAGACUGGCAUGGAGUCACCCUUACUCUCCCCACUGCCAUUAUGUAGGACAUCUCCAAGGUCAGCCACACUCGAGCAAAGUGGCCCUCAGCAACUGCAAGGGAUUGCAGGGGGUGAUUGUUGCUGGAGGCGAAGAAUACUUAAUUGAGCCCCUCGUGUCACCGGACAACCAGACCAACACGGAGAGGUGGGAUAGAGCAGAGGGGCACCCUCAUGUGGUUUACAAGAGAUCAUCUCUUCGCCAUCAGUACAAGGGACAAUCUUGUGGCGUCAUUGAUGAGAAACCGAUAAAGGGAUGGUCAUGGUGGCAACGAACCCUGAAGACGCCUCCUCAUCAUGUUGGACGUGGCCAACUUCCCCUGAAGCGUUCGGUGAGCUGGGAGCGCUAUGUGGAGACACUUGUGGUGGCUGACAAAAUGAUGGUGGGCUACCAUGGCCGGCGGGACAUUGAGCAAUACAUCCUGGCUGUCAUGAAUAUUGUUGCCAAACUGUUCCAGGAUUCUAGCCUCGGGAAUGCAGUCAACAUCGUGGUGACCCGGCUCAUACUCCUCAUGGAGGACCAGCCAACAUUAGAGAUCAACCACCAUGCAGGGAAGUCUUUAGACAGUUUCUGCAAAUGGCAGAAAACCAUCCAGCACCGCAGCAGCUAUGGGAACGCAAUUCCUGACAACGGCAUUGCUCACCAUGACACCGCUGUGCUCAUCACAAGGUAUGACAUCUGCAUCCAAAAGAACAAGCCCUGUGAAACCCUAGGUCUAGCUCCAGUCGGUGGGAUGUGUGAACCAGAACGGAGCUGUAGCAUCAAUGAAGACAUUGGUCUUGGGACAGCUUUCACCAUCGCCCACGAAAUUGGACACACGUUUGGGAUGAAUCAUGAUGGUAUGGGUAAUGCCUGUGGGCCACGCACCCAGGAGACCGCCAAGCUGAUGGCUGACCACAUAACCAUGAAGACAAACCCAUUCAUCUGGUCCACUUGCAGCCGGGAUUACAUCACCAGCUUUUUAGAUUCAGGCAUGGGUUCCUGCUUGAACAACGUGCCCCUCAAGCAGGAGUUUGUGUACCCGACCACAGCACCAGGUCAAGCCUACGAUGCUGAUGAACAGUGUCGCCUGCAAUAUGGGGUCAGAUCUCGACAGUGCAAAUACUCGGAAGUCUGCAGUGAACUGUGGUGUAUGAGCAAAAGCAACCGCUGCAUUACCAGCAGCAUUCCUGCUGCAGAGGGAACCAUCUGUCAGACCAACACUAUUGAGAAAGGGUGGUGCUACAAGAGGGUAUGCGUUGCCUAUGGAACACGUCCUGAAGGAGUGGACGGUGGCUGGGGACUGUGGACACCAUGGGAGGAGUGCAGUAGGACCUGUGGAGGUGGGGUUUCAUCAUCUGUCAGGCACUGUGACAGCCCCAGGCCAACCAUCGGUGGAAAGUUUUGCCUCGGAGAGAGAAAACGGUUCAGGUCCUGCAACAUUGAUGAGUGUCCUUUAGGGUCGCGGGAUUUCCGGGAGAUUCAGUGCUCUGACUUCGACAGUGUUCCUUUCCGAGGAAAAUUUUACACCUGGAAGCCGUACAGAGGGGGUGGUGUGAAGACCUGCUCUCUGAACUGCCUGGCCGAAGGGUACAACUUCUACACGGAGCGAGCCCCGGCUGUGGUGGACGGCACACCUUGCAGAGAUGAUUCGCUAGACGUGUGUGUGAACGGCGAGUGUAAGCACGUCGGCUGCGAUCGGGUUCUCGGCUCAGACGUUCGUGAGGAUCGUUGCCGGAUCUGCGGGGGAGACGGAAGCAGCUGUGUGUCUGUUGAGGGCGUUUUCAAUGACUCCCUGCCUGAAGGAGGUUAUGAAGAAGUCGUCAAAAUACCUAAAGGCUCAGUCUUCAUACAUAUUCAAGAACUCAACAUUUCCCUGAACUACCUUGUGUUGAAAAGCAAAAGUGAUCAGUACUUUAUCAACGGGAAGCUCACCAUUGACACGCCACGAAGGUUUGAGAUUGGUGGAACCACUUUUCACUACCGGCGACCCACCGACGCACCCGAAACUCUCGAGGCCCUGGGCCCGACGAAUAUGACCCUCACUGUCAUGGUGCUGGUGAGGGAGGAGAACCCUGGCAUUCACUUUCGUUUCAAUCCCCCUGUGAGCCGGGAGUCACAUGUGGGAUUUGCGUGGCAUUACACUUCAUGGUCUCGCUGCUCAGCUCUGUGUGCUGGAGGUAAAUCAUCAGGGAGACGACUCCAUGGUCAUCAUUGCAAACGUUCUGUCUUUGUUGUGAUGCUGGUGUCCCUGUUGUCAGGUGUGCAGAUCCAACAGGUGGUGUGUAAGAAACUGGGUGACCAUUCUGUUGUCUACAACCACUUCUGUGAAAAGAGGAACAAACCCAAAGAAAAGCGAAGGUCCUGCAAUACUGAGCCCUGCUCUCCAAAUUGGUGGACCGGAGAGUGGUCGGAGUGCAGCCGAAGCUGUAAUGGCGGGCUUCAGACACGCGAGGUCUUGUGUAAAAGAAGGAUAUCUGGGGCAGAGGAAAAAGUCCUGGAUGACUCAGCUUGCAACCCCACACGGCCUCCGCUCACUGAGCCCUGCAAUAACCACAGCUGCCCACCAGAAUGGCUGGCUCUUGACUGGUCAGAGUGUACGCCCAGUUGUGGACCGGGUUACAGGCACCGUGUGGUCUUGUGCAAGAGUGGAGAGAGUGGAGACACACUGCCAGAGUCCAAGUGCUCCAAACAAGGGCGACCCACCUCCAAGGUGCGCUGCAAUCUGCAGCGCUGCCCGCCAUCUCAGUGGGUGACAGGACCCUGGGGCGAAUGUUCUGCCAAAUGUGGGCUGGGUCAGGAGAUGCGUUCCGUCCAGUGUCUGACACACACCGGUCAGCCGUCCAACGACUGCCUUGAGCACCACCGGCCCGCAGCAAUGCAGCAGUGCAAGAGCAAAUGUGACCUCAGUCUGCCCAUCAGCACAGACAACCCCGAAGAGUGCAAAGACGUGAACACGGUGGCCUACUGCCCCCUGGUGCUCAGAUUCAAGUUCUGCAGCCGUCCGUAUUUCAGACAAAUGUGCUGCAAGACCUGCCAGGGACACUGACCUGGACCCUGAGGAUCUCUGGCAACCACCUUUGGGGGUUUGAUUUCAUACAAAAGCACACACUCAGCGUAAACUCGUUUCUGUGGAUACUUUCCCAGUCCAGGCCGAACCCGGUCAGCUCGGCAGGCCACGCCGUGUCUGAGCUAAGUCCGACAUUCCACUGGAGGGCGAGCUGCUGAAACAGAGACAGAGGGAGGAGGAGAUUCUAUGUGAAACUAGACUUCUUCCGUUCCUUCAUCCUUCUUCCAUCUCUCCGAUCAAGCCCUCUGCUGCUCUACAUUGGUGCUACUUUUCUCUGGCCACAUCACUGAUGGCAAAGUCUAACAUCUGCUCUCUUGACAAGAGGAUUUUAUUGUUGUUGUUUAGCCAUUGAAAUGCUAUAAAGAAGUAAUCUUCCACGUAUUCUUUCUCCGUUGGAGUGUUAGGUCAGCUAAGGAAAACAAUUCGAAGUUGGGAUGGCAGCUGUCAUUUUUGAUCUUAAAAAAAAAUAAUGUGAAAAACAAUUGAACAAUAAGAACUUUCGAACUAAAUUAAACAGAAUUCACCAGAGGAUUUUUGGAAAUCCCUUCAGAAUGUAGUCCAUUUUUCAUACUUCAUUACAAACCAGUCCAGUUUAACAUGCUGUUGUGUAGCAAAACUGCUAUGAAAACUUGACGGAUUGGUGCUGCGUCUUAUUGAGGAUGGUCUGUCGCGGUGCAGAGCACUGUUUGUUGUCACAAGCUUAUUGACCGAAAGAACAAGCCAGCACGGCACAACCUCAGAAGAAGAUAGCUGAGCCACCUCGCUCAGGUUAACAAUCUGUUUUUAAAAGUGUAUUUUCUGCCAGCAUGUUUAGUGUCAAUUUGAAACAGUAUAUUGGAAGUGAAUCCUACACCGAAACAUCAUCAGCUUCAGCUCAGACCUCAGAAAGUACCCACGAGUUAUUUAUAUUUGAAUCUAUAAUGGCCAUAUUAUACUCUUGUAUCGUUUCCAUUCAUAUUAUCAUGUUAUUAUUUCUAUCUGAUAAUCCUUACUUGACCACUUGUCUUCACGCUUUGUUGUGUAUAUCCACUCUUGUCAUUUAUAUGUACACAGUACGAGUUUGCACAAAGUGUCAAAAGCCACAGGACCUGUUUUCGUAUUGUAUUUGUCUGUCUAUUGCUCUGGUGUCAGUUGUGCAUCACUACAGUUUCACGAUGCUAGUCAUGUGAGCAAAAUCAUUUGACUCACAUCUUCAUCACGUCAUUCACCUCUGCUCACAACUGCUGGUGUUCAUCAGUGCGUCAGCCCUGUGAGCUGGUGGAUAGAUGUUGGAGUGAAAACCACUUACCUCACUGAUUUGUCUCCAACACGAAAUAUGUCAGCUAUUUAUGGCACUGUCGGUCUGACUAACUCGGUGUGAGCAACAACACAAACACACACAUGACCACUAUGACAGGGGAGUGGUUUUAAGGGCAGACGUCAGUAAAUGAUUCACUCAUUUCUUCACCCAUUGAGAGACUUGCUCUUUUUUCAUCAAACUGCUGCUUCAGCCUUCUUGUGUAUCUUUGGAUCUGCUGUGUCAGAUGUCCAAGGUCAAUGUGAUGCCAGAUCUCCUCUUACGUGAACACAGUACACCUGCAGCUCACAAAUCGACACAUGCUUACAGUGUUUGAAAAAAAUACUGUGUUGGUUUUGUGGGCAUCCGUUGCAAUGUGCUUUUAUUUUUGGUGCUUAAGUUUAAAAAUGGUGCUUACCACUUGUUUCUGUCAGAAGUGUUUUUACAAGGAAGGACAGUGAAAAUAAUGAGAGCCACUCACCCACUGCAUUGAUGAUAAUAGAGUUAUGGUCCCAUUCUCCACAAACCUUAUUAAAUGCUGUCUUCCUUUUUUUCUUUUUGUUUAUAUGAAAGCAUUACGGAUACAUUUUCCAAUGUCAAAAAGGAGAGAACACCCUUCCUGCUGUUGUGAAUCCCACAUGAUGCAGUCCAAUGGCAAGCUUUAUUCACCAGGCUAGUCACCAAAUGUUUUUUUUUAACUUUUAAGAACUAUAACUUCACAAAAAAACGUUUAAAUAUGUUGCAGUUGCGUAUUUAGAUCAGAAAUUUCCCUUUGCCUCCUGGUGGCGACAUCAUGUAGCACGCAUUAAUACAGACUGGCUUAAGCUAAAAGAAAAACAGUCUGACCGGUACAGAUUGAUUGUGUCCAUUUUUGAUUUCUUGUCUUUCACUAUUGAGGGUCACACUCCGAUUAAGCUAAAUUUCCUCGAUUGAGAAACAUUUAUAAAUAGAUUUCAAAAAAAGAAAUGGGCCAUGUGCUUGUUGAGCGCUUUCAUUUCCUAAAUUUGCCACACGUUCUUUCCUGCCCGUCCAAUGUGUGUACGUGGUUUCGCUAUUUUUGUGAGGACAUUUUACUUUGUGGGGACAUUUUUGCCAGUCCCACAAGGUUUAGCCUUAAUUUGAGGAUACAAAUUUCUAAAUAACUGGGUCACUAUAACUCAGAUUUCAGUUUGGCUAAGGUGGUUAGCCAUGUGUUUUGGAUGGUUAGAUUUAGAGGGAGAGGCGUUAUGGCAAUGAGUGUCCUCACAGCAGUGAUGGAAAGAUGGAUUUCGUUUAAAUGCUCUUCCGGGCGAGCUCGUCAUUUUUAACAAAAAUGAUGUUGCUCCUGAAAACUUUUGAAGACUGAUAGACCUUGCCUAACCAACCACACAUUGGACAGCACCAUAUGUUUUUUACUUACGGAUGAGAGUCGCAAUUGAGCAUCAUUGUUCACCUGCACAUACGCUGUUGAUCAUGUUAAAUCGCUCCUCAAAUUGCAGUUCAUACUGACAAGUGAGCCACUUGAACCUGAGCAGACAAGGGUGACAGAGCUGGUAAUGGUUGUCAUGUUCUCACAUGCUAAUUAUAAUGUACUGUAUGUUAUCGAUGGUGAAUCUGUUGUCUC